AUGCGUCAGGCGGACCGGCGUUUCGUGCGCAAUGUCUCCGUCAAACGUGUCGACUUCAAAGACUCUGACCACAACCUCGUGCUUACGACUGUCCGCCUCCCCCCCCGUGUCGCACCCAACCGACGAGUGCGGGGGAACAGCGGAAGCAGCCGGAUCCGUAUCGACCUCGAGCGGUUGAGGAAGGACAAACACCUACGGGACGCCUUCCAAAACAGGGCCUCUAGCCGCCCUCCGCCCACGGCGCUCAGGCGGCCAACGGGAGAGACCGCCGCCGAGCUGACGGCUACGGUGAUGUCGGCCGCUGCUGAGACCGCGCCGCUGGCGAGGUGCGCACGAGGGCAGAGAGGCUGGUACACGAGCGAAGCGCAGCACGAGAUCUCUGACGCGUCGAAGGAGAUUAAGGCGGCCCAGCAGCAACUGCGCGGGGCCUCAAAGAACAGCGCCUGCGAGGCGACCCUGAAGGCGAUGCUCAAGGCGGCGCGGAAGAAGCGCAGCAUCGCGAGGUGGAGAGCACUGGAAAAGUUCUUCGAGGGCUAUGUACGGCAGCUCGAGAAGAAGAGCCGCGAGGGGGAUCAGGCGGGUUUCUACAGGCACCUGAAGAUGAUCGACGUCGAAGGUAAGAGGUCGUUCACCUCUCAGAACAUCAAGGACGAGGACGGCAAGGUCCUUCGGGACCCCACGUUUAUUCGCCAACGGUGGGCACGGUGGUUCCACAAGCUUCUCAACACCAAGUCGCCGACCAUCGACCUGCAUGCGGCUGACAAGGUCAAGCGGUGGCCCACGUGCGUGCCACUCGACGACAUCCCAUCUCUACUUGAGGUUGAGGAAGCGGUACGG